CUUGUCCGCGGAAGACGCAUUUGUCGUGCGAGCGAAGAUGCAUGUGAGGCGGUUGUUUUGUUUGUGUUUGUUGGUGAUCUCGACCGUGACAGUUAUUCCUGAUAAAGUAUGUGAGAGGGAUUCGGACGGGGAAUGUGUAGAUGACGAAACUGAAGUGAAAGAAAAGUCCAAGUACACGAAACCAGCCAACUCAAAGUGGAAAAAAUAUCUGGACAAGAUUGAUGAGGCUGUUGGGAAUUAUGAAGAAUGUCAACAAGAUGAUUGCUCCUGUCAUUCCAGUGUAAUCGAUGAAGACCUGUUGCCCUGGAAAGAUGGCAUCUCAAGGAAGCUGUUUGAGGAGUCAAUGGAGAGAGGUGUUCACUACCAGAUUAUCAACCACAAGCUGUACCGAGAGGACGGGUGCAUGUUCCCCUUCCGAUGCAGCGGUGUGGAAUACUUCAUCCUGGGGCUGAUCAAGAAGCUGCCGGACAUGGAGCUAGUGGUCAACACCCGGGAUUGGCCACAGUCUCCUGUUUACCACUCCCCCAAACCCAUCUUCUCCUUCAGCAAAGUGCGUUCAGACAACUGGGACAUCAUGUAUCCAGCGUGGACGUUCUGGGAAGGAGGCCCCGCUGUGUGGCCAAUAUACCCCACGGGACUGGGGCGCUGGGAUCAACAAAGGGAGAUAAUUCCAAGAGAGGCUGACAAGUGGCCCUGGGACAAGAAACACAAUGUUGCAUUUUUCCGUGGUUCGAGGACGAGUAACGAGCGGGACCCUCUGGUGCUACUUUCCAGGAAACAGCCAGACCUGGUCGACGCUGAAUACACAAAGAACCAGGCCUGGAAAUCAGAUGCGGAUACACUACAUCGGCCACCUGCUGCUGAGAUAAAACUGGAGGAUCACUGUAAAUAUAAAUAUCUCUUCAAUUUCCGGGGUGUAGCUGCCAGUUUCCGUUUCAAGCACCUGUUCUUGUGUGACUCGCUGGUGUUCCAUGUGGGUGAGGCCUGGCAGGAGUUCUUCUACCCCGCCAUGAAGCCGUGGGUCCACUACAUCCCUGUCAACCAGAACCUAGACAAUGUCAAAGAGCUGAUUAUGUUUGCUAAAGAGAAUGACGAUGCUGUUAAACACAUUGCUGAGAGAGGGCGGAAGUUUGUGUGGGAGCACCUGCGGAUGGAGGAUGUGUCCUGCUACUGGGAGAAGCUCCUCAAGAAGUACAGCAAGCUGCUCAAGUUUAAACCACAGAGGAACAAAGCCUAUAAACAGCUCAAGCUCAAGUCAUCAUGAUACACACAUAACAUAAGGCACACAAACAAUACAAUCUCAUUAAAAUCAGACCUCAGUUCUCGCUACCGCUAAACAAACAUCUGAGGACAUCCUAUUUGGGGUCACG